AUGCCAACCAGCUACCUGAUCACCGGACCGGCACGAGGCCUUGGAUACGCCCUCGCCAAAGCCCUAGCCGCCAAGCCCGAAAACAUCGUUCUGGCCCUGGUGAGGAACAAGACGGCAGCCGAGCACCGUCUUGCCGCGGACAACAUCACUAACGUCCACGUCCUCGUCGCCGACGUCACUGAUGACAACGCCCUGAAAGGUGCCGCCGCAGAGGCAAGCGAUAUCCUCGGUUCCCAGGGGCUGGACGUGCUCAUCCACAACGCCGCGUAUGUUAGCGAGCAGACGGCCUUGACUUCUAUCAAUGAUCACGAGACCGAACCAACCACCCUUAUAGAGGACACCCAGCAAAGCAUCGAGGUCAACGUCUUCGGAACCCUAAAAGCGACCCUAGCCUUCCUGGACCUCGUGCGGCGCAGCCAGAUCAAAAAGGUCGUUGCGAUAUCCAGUGGGAUGGGCGAUAUUGACAUGAUCAAUGAAAUUCGGCUCUCCAACGCCGCGCCGUACGCCAUCAGCAAGGGCGCUCUCAAUGUCCUGAUCGCCAAGCUCAAUGCCGCGUACGCGGGGGAAGGCAUCCUCUUCAUGGCGAUUUGUCCGGGGCGGUUAGGUGCUGAUGGUCAUUCGAGUACAGUACCGGAGCCGAUUCUCUCGCGCGUGAAAGGCAUCGAAGCCAAGUUUGAGGCGUAUGUGGGGGUGAAGGUUGUUCCGAUGCGGCCGGAGGUUGCUGCAAGAAGUGUGCUGGCUGCGGUUGAUCGGCAGACCCUGGCUGGUGGGUUCGGGGGAUCUUUCUGGAGUCAUAAUGGGACUAAGAGGUGGUCUUAG